AUGGCGCUCGUCACACAUUCUUUGAUCGCGUUCUUCUUCCUCUCCAUCUUCUCCACAUUCUCGCUGGAACGCGUCCACACUCUGGGUGACAAGAAGGGUGACAAAGAUGAUGAUUCGAAGUGUCCACCGCCACCAUGUCCACCACCGCCGCCGCCACCCUGCCCCCCGCCACCGCCAAAGUGUCCGCUGGGCUGCAUCCCAGCUCCUCCUCCUUGCAAGCCUUGCAAGUCCUGUGACAAAGGCAAGGAUUGGAAAGACGAUGAUCGCAAGAAGGGUGUCAAAGAUCGAGAUGAUCAGGACGAUUGCAAGCCCUGCAAGGAUGAUUGCAAGGACGAUUGUAAGGAUGACUGCAAGCACGAUUGCAAGCACUGCAAGGAUGAUUGCAGGUCUUGCAAGCCAAAGAGUCGUCCCAAAUCCCCAAAGUUUCCACCGAAGUCUUCCAAGAAUCCACCAAAGGACGGCGACGACGAGGACGAUCACAAGGGCGACAAGCUGACGGAUCGCGAUGUUCGGAAUCUUAAUAAUCUCCUGGCUGUGCAGUUCGUGCUCAACGACAUCUUUCUCAGAGCCAGCCUCGGAAACGCAAGGGCGAGACCGUCUUCAGUUGUGCAGCCAGCUUCGGUCUCCCAGAAAGUUGUGUUUCAGCAAGUUUCAGGAGAUCAGCAGAUGAUUCCACAGAUGUUGAGCGAGUUCAGUGCAAUCUCAAUCGCCCAAGUCAGUUCCAUGCUUAGUGUGCUCCAGGACCGGGCCAUCCAGAGGCCUCAAGAUCUAAACGUGACCAAUGAAGUGCUCUCCACGGCAGUGAACAGGGCUUUCAAUGGCAGCCUGCGGCCCGACUUCAGCAUCGAUGACGAUCCCACGAAACUGCUGUUGGGUGUUCAGUCGCUCGGCCCGGGCUUGGCAGCAUCAGUGGCAACAGACAUGCUUCCAAAUCUCGAGAGCUCCAGAGCAGUCUCGCUUGUUGCUGGGAUUCUUCCGGCUUUGGCGAGCCAGGAUGCGUCCAUGCGCACUGUUCUAUACUCGGAAAGGGAGGCUCGCGUGGAGCCAUACAACUAUACCGUGGGAGAAUUCAUGCAAAAGACGAGUUCCCUGACCGCGAAUUUGCAGCAAGAUCCUAAUGGUAGCUCCGGGAAUGGAUCUGGUGGCGACAUCCUCUCGGUGAAUGUUUUGGGAUCUGGGAUUGCUGUGCCCGCGGAGAAUGUCUUGAAUCUCAUUAGCAGCCUCCUCAACAUUGCAAGUAUCGGAUAGAUUUAUGGGAACGUUAUAGUGUUGUCGUGAAGAAUAAGAGGAAGUAUCACUUUUCAUUUAUACAUCCAUGAAUAAAGCUUUCGAUAUGUUAUCUCUUU